UCACCCGGAAGUCCGGAACGCGCCGCGCAACCGAGAGGCAGAGUCGAGGACCGACCGGCCGGCCCCGUCCGUCACCCGUCGCCGCCAUGGCCGGGGAAGUCGCGGUGGACUCCGGCGAGAAGCGCCUCAACGAGCUUGGCUACAAGCAGGAGCUCCGCAGGGAGAUGACUCUGUUCAAGACGCUGGCCAUCUCCUUCUCGACGAUGACGCUGUUCACCGGGAUCACGCCGCUGUACGGGAGCAGCCUGCGGUACACGGGGCCGGCCUCCCUCGUCUGGGGCUGGGUCGUCGUCUCCUUCUUCACCUGGUUCGUCGGCUUCGCCAUGGCCGAGAUCUGCUCUUCCUUCCCCACCACUGGUUCUCUGUAUUUUUGGGCUGCUCAUUUGGCUGGUCCAGUCUGGGGUCCGUUGGCGUCCUGGUGCUGUGCUUGGUUAGAGGCCAUAGGUCUUAUUGCCGGAAUUGGUACACAGGCAUACGCAGGAUCUCAAGUAUUGCAGAGCAUAAUUCUGCUCUGCACCGGCACGAACAAAGGCGGCGGCUACCUGACGCCUCGCUGGCUGUUCCUCCUCAUGUACAUUGGGCUAACCUUCAUCUGGGCUGUGCUCAACACCUUCGCGUUGGAAGUCAUCGCCUUCCUCGACCUCAUCUCGAUGUGGUGGCAGGUGAUCGGUGGCACUGUGAUAGUGAUACUGCUCCCGCUGGUGGCGAAUACGACGCAGCCGGCGUCGUACGUGUUCACGCACUUCGAGACGGCGCCAGAGGUGACCGGGAUCAGCAGCAGCGCCUACGCGGCCAUCCUGUCCCUCCUGGUGAGCCAGUACUCCCUGUACGGGUACGACGCGGCGGCGCACCUGACGGAGGAGACCAAGGGCGCCGACAAGAACGGCCCCAUCGCCAUCCUCUCCAGCAUCGGCAUCAUCACCGUCUUCGGCUGGGCCUACAUCCUCGCCCUCACCUUCAGCAUCCAGGACUUCGGCUACCUGUUCGACCCGAGCAACGAGACGGCCGGCACGUUCGUGCCGGCGCAGAUCCUGUUCGACGCGUUCCACGGCCGGUACAACAGCUCCGCGGGCGCCAUCGUGCUGCUGUUCGUCAUCUGGGGCUCCUUCUUCUUCGGCGGCCUCUCCAUCACCACCAGCGCCGCCCGGGUGGUGUACGCGCUGUCCCGGGACAGGGGGAUCCCGCUGUCGUCGGUGUGGCGGCGGAUCCACCCGCGGCACAGGGUGCCCGCCAACGCGGUGUGGCUGUGCGCCGCCGUGUGCGCGCUGCUGGGCCUGCCCAUCCUGUGGAUCAACGUGGUGUUCACGGCGAUCACCUCCAUCGCCACCAUUGGGUGGGUGGGCGGCUACGCGGUGCCCAUCUUCGCCCGGAUGGUGAUGCGGGAGGCCGACUUCUCGCCGGGCCCGUUCUACCUCCGCCGCGCCAGCCGCCCCGUCUGCCUCGUCGCCUUCCUCUGGAUCUGCUACACCUGCUCCGUCUUCCUCCUCCCGACCACCUACCCGAUCAGCGCUGGCAACUUCAACUACGCCCCCGUCGCGCUCGGCGUCUGCCUCGGCCUCAUCGGCCUCUGGUGGGUGCUCGACGCCCGCAAGUGGUUCAAGGGCCCCGUCAGGAACAUCGACGACCUCCACGCCAAACCCGACGACAACAACGGCAAGGUCUAGCUUUCUUCAAUCAAGUUUAGCUCACCUUUUUAGCAGCAGAUCAUAAUCUCAAGCCAAAUCAAAUCACUCUCUCGAUCGAUUAGAAGUUUCUUUCUUUUCUCUCUCUUGUAUUUUCUCCUGUCUUGAUUAGCCAUACGUGUGACUCGCUCAGAACAGAACAUGCAAGCAUCAUGUAGAAACAGUUAUGAAAAGAGAAAAAACACGCAAAGCAUCAUGAAGAAACAGCUGAGCAAAGAAAAAUAUUGUGAGCACGAAGGAAGAGGAAGGAGCGUCUAAGAACAGUAGGCAUGAGAGGCAUCGGGAAAACACCGAAGCA